GGGGUGGGGCGGGGCGGACCCGCCACGUGGUUCCGGGUCGCGGAAGAUGGCGGCGCCCAUGGAGCUGUACUGCUGGGCCGGCGGCUGGGGGCUGCCGUCCGUGGACACCGACUGCCUGACCGUGCUGGUGAGCGCCCGCCCGGGGGCUCGAGCCCGCCGCCCCGGCCCGCCCCGGCCCGGCCCUGACCGACGCUUGCCUGCGCUGAAGACGAGGGAGGAAGGGGUGCUGUCCGAGACGCACGAGAUCAUCACGCACCUCAGGAAACAGAAGUACAACGCAGACUACGAUCUCUCGGCCAGGCAGGGGGCCGACGCUCUCGCUUUCAUGUGCCUGCUGGAGGAGAAGCUGCUGCCGGCACUGAUCCACACGUUCUGGGUGGACGCCAAAAACUACGUGGAGCACACACGGAAGUGGUACGCAGAAGCCAUCCCCUUUCCGCUCAACUUCUUUCUGCCCAACCGCAUGCACAAGCAGCGCCUGGAGCGGCUGCAGCUGCUCUGCGGGGAUGACUGCCUGGAAGACGAGGAGAGGCUAGAGAAGCUGUACCACGAAGCCCGAGAGUGCCUGACGCUCCUGUCCCAGCGCCUUGGGGCCCAGAAGUUCUUCUUCGGAGACUCGCCUGCUUCCCUGGACGCCUUCGUCUUCAGUCACCUGGCACCACUGCUCAAAACAAAGCUGCCCAAUGGCAAACUGCAGCAGCACCUGAAGUCCCUGGAGAACCUGUGCAACUACUGCACCUCCAUCCUGAGCCUCUACUUCCCCUGGGACAGCGGUGAUCCCCCGGCUGCUGCUCCCCGGACCUCGGCCCCUGAGGGCGGCGACUCCGAGGAAGAUCCACACAAGCGGCGCAACCAGAUCUUGUCGGUGCUGGUGGCCCUGGGCGCCAUGAUCAGCUAUGCCCUGCUGAGUGGUAUCGUCUCCAUCCAGCGGACAGAGCCUCGCCUGCCUGGCCACCGGCCUAUCUCCCUGGAGGAGGAGGAGGAGGAGGGGGAGGAAGAGGAGUGAGGUGCUGGCCUCUGGCUGCUGCUCUCAGGGCUUUGGUUCUCACUAAUUUGGUGUCACUUGAAUGGACUUUUGUAUGGCUCUGGGCACCGCACAUUGUGCUGGUCAAGGGCACGAUAUGGUCCCAGCCCCCUCUGCAUUCCUGAGCGGUGCCCAGCUGCUGCCAUCCAUAGCGCCUACGAGGUGCUGGGAGCCCCAAUAAACCCACGUUCUUUCUGCAGGGUA